UCAUGCAGGCUGCAGGGUGCUGCUGCAGCCGCUGUCACUCACCCUGCAUAGAAAUCCACAGGACUACCUGACACUAUGGGAAAUCCAAAGAAAAAGACUUUCCCGGCUGAAGAACACGGAGGAAACAAGGGCAGUGCUGUACGAUGUCCAUCUCCUUCUCCUGUCGUCUAAUGGAAUACCUUUACGGUAUUAAAUGACAAAAUCCAGAUGGGGUGCACGUGCUGCAAAAUGCUGGAGAGACCCGAACCAGGCGAACGACAGCUAAAAGGAUAUGUCAAUGAAGCACACAGUUUCAAUGAGUACGACCGCUCAAAGCUACCAACAGUGAAGAUUAGUGAUCUUGUGCAUGAAGAGCCCAACAGAUUCAUUGAUUCACAUGAUCUCUUCAACGGAACUGAAAAGACUAAUCAUAAACACGAUACGCCUGUUACAAAUGGACCGUCAACGAUAGCUUCUCAAUGCCCUAUUUUAAAUAACAACACAAUAGGAGAAACCAAAGAAUAUGAAAAUUACUCCACAGAGACUGAUUCCUCAAAAGGAAACUCCGAAGGGCGAGAAUCCAUUGAACAUGCAUCUCCAUGUGAAAAUAAUUCCUUUUGUGAAAACGUCAUAAGCAUUGUAAAUUCUGACUUACUGCUAAACCCCUAUGAUGUCACUGCUGAUUCUGACACUCCGAAUGCACACGCUGAUGAUGAUAAAGACCACAUCCUGGAAACACCAAACGAGCCUUCUUUAGUAGCUCACCUAAUCCAGAGAAUUUCAUCGAGGGUUUCAAAAAUAGGCUUAGAAAAUGAGAAACAAAAUGAGGAGACAUCCCAAUACGAGGAGCUCCAUCCAGAUGUGGCCGAGGCUUUAGCAGUUCUUGAUUCUGUUAUUGAGCAGUUCGAAAAUGAAAAACUGGAAAUUUAAAUCAAAUUUCAUCUUAUUGAACUUAUUCCAAGAUUUCUCCAGAGACGCAACCAGGAAUAUUCUGCUAGAAAACUUUGAACAUUUUAGAACAAAGUGAAUGAAAGAAGAAUUAUGUUGCACUGCUAAUUAUUUUAAUAUAAAAUACAUUGCAGACUAAAACAUAUAAUUUAAUAUAAAAUAUUGUAUACCACUGGCUGGUAGACACAUGCUGUUUUUGCUGUAUUUAAUGUACUGGUAUUUGUAUUUAUAUAAGCGAUUCACAAUUUUAAUGGUCUUGAAA